AUUUUAAUUUUUAAAUGUAAAGUUGUCAUUAAUAUUUGCACCUGUCCAGUGCAGUACAACAGACAUGUAAAUAUUUUUGUUGAGGAAAAAUUAUUAGAUUUAGUAAAUUUUAGAAUUUAGAUUUGUGUUGGGUGAUAUCAAAGAAAAUAAGAAAUUAUGCAACGAAUUCUAAUGAGACGCAUUUCUGCGCGAAAACAACUAAAGUACAUAAUUGUUCCACAAGUACAGAAUAUUAGAAAUUAUGCUGAAGCUGUUUUUGUUGCUGCAAAAGAACCAUUUGUAGUUGAGCUUGAAGUUGGUAAAAGAUAUUCAUGGUGUUCUUGUGGCAGAAGUAAGAAACAGCCAUUUUGUGAUGGUAGUCACAAGAAGACAGGACUGAGUCCACUUCGGUUUAAGCUGGAUGAACAUGAAAUAAAAGUGUUAUGUGGCUGUAAACAGACUAAUACUCCACCAUAUUGUGAUGGAACUCAUAAAUCUGACUUUGUGCAAUGUAGUGAAAUUGGUCAACCUUGCAAAACAGCUUGAUGUA